AUGAAAAAACCAAAAGCAGCUGAAACUUCUCCUUCUCCUUCUUCUGCUGCUUCUCCAUCACCAACAACUCAAAGUUCACACCUUCCUCCUCCUUCACCACCACCAACAACGAGUGGUGCUGCUAUUCCUUCUUCAACGAAAAAGAGGCCUCUCGAAUCUGAUUCUUUUUCCAACUACUACAAGAUUCGCGCACUUAUUCCAGACCUUCGCCCCCAUUUCAUCCAGGUUCUACGAACUCCCGACUACAAAAGUAGCAAAGAAUCCCGAGAAAUUCGAGAACAAUUGAAGAUUGUUGUGAAGUUAUAUGACGAUAUGAAAGCAGAAGCAGUUUCGUUGGCAAAGUAUAAGCAAGAUGGCCAAAACUUGGAUCACAAAACACAGCAAGAGCAGCAGCCUCAACAUAUGAAGUCUCCAGAGCAGAUUCAAGUUGAGAUUAUGGCAUUGGCUGAAGAAGGUCAAGGGACAUAUGUAGUUGGUGGAUCGGCAUUUGGCUGGAAUUUCAUCACCUUUUCAGGGGAGGAAGCUGUCUAUUAUGGUAGGACAAAGGAACAAUUUCGAUCGACACAAGUGAGGACUCAGCCAGGGCUUAACAGAAUAGUUUCAUUCAUCGAUAGAGGGUGCUAAAAUCCUCAUCCACAAGUAUAGAAGAGGUUUACAUAGAACAUUUAUAUCAUUUAGUUUUCUAAUACUUUGUUGCAAUUGACAUCUAAAAUUUUCAAGGGGGCAUGGCACAUGCUGUAACAUUGUUUUUUCCCGAGUUGGAUUAAUCUCUGUAGAAUUAUUGUUUUUCCGGUUAAAAAAAAUAAGGAAAGAAAAAUUUUUUUAUUAAUGGUUGAAUGAUUGAAAUUAUA